AUGUUUGAAGAGGCCAAAAGGGCGGCAGCCAGAUUGGCCGUCGAUGAGUGCAUCAAGGAUAAGAUGGUGAUCGGGAUCGGUUCCGGAACGACAGUCAUCUAUGCGGUUCAAAGGCUUCGAGAGCGGGUUGAAAAAGAGAACUUAGACAUUGCUUGCAUCCCCACGUCUUUUCAAUCCAGGCAUUUAAUCUUAGAAAAUGGUUUACAUCUCUCCAGUUUGGAACAACAUCCCGAAAUUGAUGUCACUAUUGAUGGUGCAGACGAAAUAGAUGCCCGUUUUAAUCUAAUUAAGGGUGGCGGGGGAUGCUGUACUCAGGAGAAGAUAGUGGCAGCUUAUUCUAAGCAAUUAGUGAUUAUUGCCGACUCGAGAAAAAAAAGUACUUAUUUGGGACAAAAGUGGAAAAAAGGCAUCCCAAUAGAAGUUCUCCCAUCGGUAUAUGUCCCCGUCAUAAAUAAAUUGGUGUAUUUAGGUGGAGUAGCUAAACUCAGAAGUGCCGUGGCCAAAGUUGGUCCUGUCAUAACUGAUAAUGGAAAUUUAAUCAUUGAUGCCGAGUUUGGUGUCAUCGAAGAUCCAGGUACUCUAGAACGAAAACUGAAGGAAAUUGUGGGCAUUGUGGAGACAGGACUGUUCAUAGAUAUGGCUUCUGAAGUCUAUUUUGGUAAUGUGGACGGAUCUAUAACACACCAUAAAAGUCGUACCGGGGAAAUUGUUUAGAUGUCAAACUUUUUUUUUUAUCUACUGCGCGCGUUCUGGAAUUAUUCUGACGAGGGCGAUGCAUUUUACCUCUCCAGAUACUUGAGAGGUGAGAGCUAGUUCGACGAAAGGCUUCGUUGCAAAAACAUUAUACAUGUCAGGUUAGCUAUCGUGACGACAAAAA